GAUAACAACGGGUAKUUAUCUUCGAGUUGCGUUUCAUCCAAACCAUCAACCCCUAGCCGUAGAGACAGAAAUAGUACUGCAGUAUUGCUUGAAAGAGAUAGAUAGAUAGAUAGGUAUAUCGGACACCAGAGACAGCUUGGAUCCUUUACAGUCAUCGCCACCGAAUAGUAUACGGCUCGUCGCGUCGAACAAUCCACCGACCAAUGACGGUGCAUUCCUUCCAUAUUUUCGAUCGAAAGGGCAAGACCCUCUUUACCAAGCGCUACGCGAAGACACCGGGCGGGAAAAAAUCCGAGGAAGACCUCCUCGCGGAAAAAGAGCAGCUCUCCGAACAGCGCAAGCUGGUCUUUGGCAUGCUGUUCAGUCUCCGGGAGCUGUCGAGCAGUCUCAGCCCGGCGGAGGGACCCGGGGACCUGCACAUGGUCAAGACCGGCGCAUCGACGCUCUACAACUACGAGACGGUCUCGGGGCUGCGGUUCGUCCUGUACACGACGCCCGACACGAAGAUCGCGGCCAAGGGCGGGAGCGGCGGUGCCGCAGGCACCCCCCAGUCCAGCGUCCACGGCGGAAGCAGCGGUCCGAUCCUGACGGCCCCCACGGCCACCGGGUUUGCCAACUCCGCCACCUCCAGCGACCCGGGGGGCGGCGGAAGCGGCGCCGGCGGCGGUGGCCCCUCGAGCACCAAUCCGGCGGUGACGGCGGACGUUCGGUCCUCGCUGAAACACAUCUACGAGACCAUCUGGGUGACCUCGGUGAUUCGAUCGCCGAUGUACCGGCCCAACUCGAGCGAGAGCAUCCGAUCGACGAGUUUCGAGGCGGACCUGGAUGCCUAUUUCAAGCGCAUGGCGUGGUUUCCGUGAUUUGGUUUCGCAGCGAGUGAGACAGGCACGAGAGGGGGUGUGAUUCAUUUUAUUUUAAUUUACUGUCAUAGUAGGUCUAGUUUGUAGACGGAUGGAAUCAGCCAU